GCUUCCCAGUGCGGGCAAGAGCGCAGCUGCUCAACAUGGCGUCGGACGGGAUGAUUUUAACCAACCACGACCACCAAAUCCGGGUCGGAAUAUUAACAGUGAGCGAUAGCUGCUUCAGAAAUCUUGCUGAAGACCGCAGCGGAAUCAACCUUAAAGAUCUUGUUCAUGAUCCAUCUUUGCUUGGAGGCAUAAUCUCUGCAUACAAAAUAGUCCCUGAUGAGACAGACGAGAUCAAGGAGACGCUGGUGGACUGGUGUGACGAGAAAGAACUCAACCUUAUUCUGACCACAGGUGGAACUGGCUUUGCUCCCCGUGAUGUCACACCAGAGGCCACUAGGGAGGUGAUUGAGCGUGAAGCUCCAGGGAUGGCUUUGGCCAUGCUCAUGGGCUCCCUAAAUGUCACACCGCUUGGCAUGCUGUCCAGACCUGUGUGUGGAAUCAGAGGCAAAACUCUCAUCAUUAAUCUGCCUGGCAGCAAGAAAGGCUCACAGGAGUGUUUCCAGUUCAUCCUGCCUGCUCUACCCCAUGCUAUUGACCUGCUGCGGGAUGCCAUAGUGAAAGUAAAAGAGGUGCAUGAUGCUCUGGAGGACCUGCCCUCACCUCCUCCACCUCUUUCACCUCUACCCGUCACCAGCCCUCACAAGCAGACUGAGGACAAGGGUGUCCAGUGUGAGGAGGAAGAGGAAGAGAAGAAGGACAGUGGCAUCGCCUCCACCGAGGACAGCGGCUCCUCUCACAUCACAGCGGCCGCCAUCGCUGCAAAGAGUAUGAAGUCCCAUCCCAACUGUGCUAUUGUCAUGGCCAAAGGUGGGCAGCCCCUGACUGGCUUCAUCCCUUUUACCACACUCCCCUCUCAUUUCACCUGCUCCUGUAGCAACAAGAUUCCAGACUCUAUCAUAUCACGGGGCGUUCAGGUUUUGCCACGGGACACAGCCUCUCUCAGCACCACGCCCUCAGAGUCUCCACGUGCUCAGCAGUCCCGCCUCUCCACUGCUUCCUGCCCCACCCCCAAAGCUUCACGGAGAGAGUUCAGGGCGCACUUGGAUGAGGUCAUCACGCUCAAGUCAAGGUACUCAACCUUGGACCAGGUGCAGUCACGGUGUGGCAGCAAAGAGAACAUCCUAAGAGCAAGUCACAGUGCAGUGGACAUCAGUAAAGUGGCUCGGAGGCACCGCAUGUCCCCUUUUCCCCUCACCUCCAUGGACAAAGCCUUUAUCACUGUGCUGGAAAUGACUCCUGUCCUGGGCACUGAAAUCAUCAACUAUAGAGAUGGAAUGGGUCGAGUCCUGGCUCAGGACGUCUAUGCCAAAGACAACCUGCCCCCUUUUCCUGCCUCAGUUAAAGAUGGCUACGCGGUUCGAGCUGCUGAUGGCCCCGGAGAUCGUUUCAUCAUCGGGGAGUCCCAGGCUGGGGAACAGCCAACUCACACAGUGAUGCCGGGCCAGGUGAUGAGGGUGACGACAGGUGCUCCCAUUCCUUGUGGAGCGGAUGCUGUAGUGCAAGUAGAGGAUACAGAGCUCCUGCGAGAGUCUGAAGACGGCACAGAAGAAUUGGAGGUCCGGAUUCUGGUACAGGCACGUCCAGGCCAGGACAUAAGGCCAAUAGGUCAUGAUAUAAAGCGUGGGGAAUGUGUGCUGGCAAAAGGAACACACAUGGGUCCAUCAGAAAUUGGCCUGCUGGCCACUGUGGGUGUCACAGAGGUGGAAGUGCAUAAGUUCCCUGUCGUUGCAGUCAUGUCCACUGGCAAUGAAUUAUUGAACCCUGAAGACGACCUCCACCCAGGGAAGAUCAGGGACAGUAACCGAUCUACAUUACUGGCCACCAUCCAGGAGCACGGUUAUCCUACUAUUAAUCUUGGCAUCGUCGGAGACAACCCAGACGACCUGCUGAACGCCCUGAGUGAGGGCAUCAGCCGUGCAGAUGUCAUCAUCACGUCUGGAGGGGUGUCGAUGGGAGAGAAGGACUACUUGAAGCAGGUUCUGGACAUCGACCUCCAUGCCCAAAUUCACUUUGGUCGGGUGUUUAUGAAGCCAGGUCUUCCCACCACCUUUGCAACCUUGGACAUUGAUGGCACCCGAAAGCUGAUCUUUGCCCUGCCAGGUAACCCAGUGUCAGCUGUUGUCACCUGUAAUCUCUUUGUCAUCCCUGCACUGAGAAAGAUGCAGGGCAUCCUGGACCCAAGGCCCACUAUCAUCAAAGCCAGGCUUUCUUGUGAUGUUAAGCUGGAUCCACGUCCAGAGUAUCACAGAUGUAUAUUGACGUGGCAUCACCAGGAGCCCCUGCCCUGGGCACAGAGCACAGGAAACCAAAUGAGUAGUCGACUCAUGAGUAUGCGCAGUGCCAAUGGACUUCUGAUGUUGCCUCCCAAAACAGAGCAAUACGUGGAGCUGCACAAAGGCGAGGUGGUGGACGUCAUGGUCAUAGGACGGCUAUGAUGUCGCCUUAAGUGGGAUGUGAGACGUGAACAAAGAAAAAAGUGGUGCAUGUCCACAUAUCAUUUACUACUCUGUAAUAUGCAAUGGCACAGUUAGUUUUUAUUGAUUUGGAUGAAGUUGAUGAGGUAUAAUUAGUGUUUCAAACAAGAACAACUACAUCCCAGUAUUUCAAAGAAAGUAAAAUAUACCUUUCAAUGUUUUAUAUAUAUAUAUAUAUAUAUAUAUAUAUAUAUAUAUAUAUAUAUAUAUAUAUAUAUAUAUA